CACAACCCCAAAGUACAUGGAGUUAUCCAAGAAUUGAAGCUUGAGAGCCUGACAUAUGCCGAUCUUUCCCCUUUAAUUAUCCUUAUCCAUCAAUCCCCGCCUGAGCCAUCCUGCUCAUUUUUCUAAAGAUGCGGAGGCUACCAAUCAAUCUUCCCUCCUCCGUGAGACAACCAUUCCUCAGCCGGCCGCUACUCAAGUUAUUACCCUCCGUGGUGUUGUUACCACGAUUGUCACAGUUCUAUGCCACUGAAGCUUCCUCGAACGAGCAUCCGCCCCGUCUGGACUUCAACGCCAUUGACAAGAAAUGGCGUGAACAUUUGAACAACCCUAAGGAAUCGCCAGAUUCGAGAGAAAAGUUUUAUAUUCUUUCCAUGUUUCCCUAUCCUUCUGGUGUUUUGCACAUGGGCCACCUUCGUGUAUACACUAUAUCCGAUGUGCUCGCUAGAUUCCAGCGUAUGCGGGGGAAAAGAGUGAUUCAUCCGAUGGGUUGGGACGCGUUUGGACUCCCAGCGGAGAACGCUGCCAUUGAGGGGGGCGUGAGUGCGAAGAAAUGGACAGAAAAGAACAUCGAUUCAAUGAAGGAGCAGUUCAGCCUAAUGAAUGUCGGUUUUGACUGGGAUAGGGAAAUUAGAACUUGCUCGCCAGAUUAUUACGUUCAUACUCAACGCCUCUUUCUCAAGCUCUACGAGCAUGGGUUAGCAUACCGUAAAGAAUCACAAGUUAAUUGGGACCCUGUCGAUGAGACCGUUCUUGCCAAUGAGCAAGUCUUAGAUAAUGGAAAAUCCUGGCGUUCCGGCGCUGUGGUCGAGCGGCGGACCCUUCCGCAGUGGUUCUUCAAAAUCACCGCCUACAAAAAGGCGCUGCUCGAGGACCUCGACGUGUUAGGGCCUGACUGGCCAGACCAAGUCAAGUCUAUGCAAGCAAAUUGGAUCGGCCUAUCCAGAGGUGUGAAAGUUAAGUUUCCUCUUACCGCCGGAAAAACUGAUCUUGGAGGUUACACCAGCCUUGAAGUCUACACUACUCGUUUGGAUACUUUACUUGGCGUACAAUAUCUAGCAAUCUCAAGCAUACAUCCCCUAGCACUAAAGUCCAUUGAAACCGAUAAGUACCUACAGAAAUUUUUACUAAUUCACGGAACCGAUUGGAAUACAAGAUCGAAAAAGGGAGAGUUGAUUAAGGGUUUUAGAGCUCUAAAUCCUUUAACCAACGAAGAGAUCCCGGUUUAUGUCGCCAACUACGUUGUGGAUGGGACCGGAACAAGUGCCGUGAUGGGCGUGCCAGGACAUGAUGCUCGCGAUAAUGAGUUCUGGAAGAAACGUGGACCACAAGAGGUGCCGGCCAAGGUUGUAGUCCGCCAAAGUCGAUACGACAGGAAAAAGAACCUGAGGCCGGAGGAUGGUGGUGUGUUCGAGGAUCUCGGAACACUGAAUGAGAAUUGCGGAAGAUAUGAAGGGAUGAGCAGUGCUCAUGCUCAGAAGGUCUUUCUGACAGAGCUAAGGAGGAAGGGUCUUGGGAAGGCUCAUGUAAACUCCAAACUUGAAGAUUGGCUCAUCAGCCGACAAAGAUACUGGGGGACGCCCAUACCAAUGGUUCACUGCGAAAGCUGUGGGAUUGUGCCGGUCAAGGAGGAAGAUUUGCCCGUGGUAUUACCAGAUAUUGAAAAGCUCAGUCCUAAAGGAGGCAAUCCGCUAGUGUCGAUGAAGGAAUGGGUAGAGACUCCUUGCCCCAAGUGUGGAGGAGAGGCUAGAAGAGAGACAGAUACCAUGGACACUUUUGUGGACUCAAGCUGGUAUUUUAUGCGCUAUGUUGAUCCUCAUAAUAAAGAAUUGCCAUUCUCCCCUGAAAAGGCCAACGAGCUGCUCCCAGUAGACGCCUACAUCGGCGGAAUCGAGCACGCAAUCCUACACCUCCUUUACGCCCGCUUCAUCUCUAAAUUCCUGCGCAAAAUUGGAAUGUGGCCACUCGGUAGUGAUUCCGAAAACCAAGGCGAGCCCUUCAAACGGCUCGUAACGCAAGGCAUGGUAUCGGCAGACGGCGCAUCUCCACGGGUUUCCUGGGAGAAAAUGAGUAAGAGUAAAUUCAAUGGGACCGAUCCACGAGAGUGCAUCUCCCGCUGGGGCGCCGACGCCACGAGGGCGCAUUUACUUUUCUUGGGACCGGUGCAAGCGGAAUUGCGAUGGGAUGAGGACAGAAUAAUUGGAAUGCACCGCUGGUUCGACAAACUCUGGCGGCACACCAGCAUGCUCGCAGAGAAACUCGCCGACCCCGGUUUCCCAAUCUUACCAAACCUCAUUGCCCGCCCCGUAACCACGACGAGCAUCCCGCCGGAAGACCACGACCUCUUCUCCAUGCUCCAGGAAACGAACCGGAACAGCUCCUUUGCGCUCUCAAAAACACUAGCCCUAAACACCGUUGUGUCAAACCUCAUCAAGCUAACAAACACCCUCACAUCCCCGCCCGCCGAAACCCAACCAACACUUGCCAUGACCUACCGCGUCACGAACGAGCUCCUGCGAAUGCUAGCCCCCAUCGCGCCAGGCUUUGCCGAGGAGUGCUGGGCCCGCCUUCACACCCACGUUCCCUCCAUGGCAGGCACUCGCGUGCUUGAGACCACGUGGCCAUGGUUCGUCCUUCAGGGGGAACGCCUAGGUGGCACAACGACCUGCAGCGUGCAUAUUGAUGGGAGGUUCAGGUUCAAAGUGACGCUUGAGCGGGAGCGCUUGAUGAGGAAGCUUGGCGAGGGAGAGCAGUACGCGAGAGAUAUUAUCGCAAAUAAGGAAACGGCUGGCAAAUGGCUAAAGGAGAAGGAGAUCGAGAAGGUCAUUGUCUCAUCUAAUGGGAAGGUUGUUAGCUUGCUCACUAGACCGGUCACCCGGACACCACAGUAG